AUGGACAAUUCCGCAGUGACGACGAUGGCGACCGGGUCGCGGAAGGAGACGGGGCUGCUGACCUCGGCAAACGACCAGCGAAUUCACCUGAAGCCGAAAAUUGGUCUGUUGAACAGCGUCGGCAUCAUCGUCGGCGUGAUCAUCGGCUCGGGCAUAUUCGUUUCUCCUACUGGUGUCAUCCAGGAAGCGGGCAGCGUUGGCUUCAGCUUGAUCGUGUGGGCAAUGUGCGGCGUAUUCGCUACCCUCGGUGCCUUGUGCUACGCCGAGUUGGGUACCUCAAUCCUGAAGUCCGGCGGCGACUACGCGUACGUACGUGAGGCAUUUGGCAACGUGCCAGCUUUUUUGCUGCUCUGGGCGUCGUUAGUGAUCAUCAACCCGGCGUCCAACGCAGUGACAGCUCUCACCUUCGCCAACUACGUGCUGAAACCAUUUUAUGGUCACUGUAGUAUCGGUGACAUCGAGGUGCGACUGGCAGCCGCUGUUAUCCUUGGCCUGUUGAUUUUCAUCAAUUGUUACAGCGUGCGCCUGGCAACCAGAACGCAAGAUGUUCUCGCCUUCGCUAAAGUCAUAGCGCUUAUAAUCAUCAUCGUGUCUGGUUUUGUUUGGAUAAUCUUAGGACACCGAGAGCAAUUUGCUAACCCUUGGCAAGGUACGAAGGCGAAUGCAUUUUCCAUAUCAUUAGCCGUAUAUCAGGGAAUUUAUUCCUUUGCCGGAUGGUAA